GCAUAUUUUUUUUCGCGCUCAACAAGAAGAGCAAAUCAAUGCAAAAAAACGUGAACAAUGUCAAGCUGAUGGCGGUGAAAGGGGUAAACCCUUUAGUAUUGACAUACCUGUUUGUCAUUUUAUGUUUGGAAAAAUGGACAGUAAGAGCUUACUGCGACGGUGCAUACAAACCAUGCUGUGCUGGGGAAAUGUGGAAUUCAACAUUAAACUUAUGUAUUGAAUGUCCGCUUGGAUUUCAUGGAGCCAAUUGCAGCAGGUCGUGUUCUUUUCCAUACUACGGAAAGAAGUGUUUGGAUGGCGAAUGCACUUGCUCAAAAGAAUUGUGUAACUUUGCAACCGGAUGUAUGGAAACCACACUUAAUGCUGAAGUUGAAACAACUUCAACCAUAACAACUAAAGGCCAUACUUUCCUUACGCUGAACUGGGAGCUUUCUAGUCCUAAUACAGUCACCAUACAACGAAAGGAAGAAACAGCAAGUUCAAACGACAUUUUCAAGAAUCCUAUUCUUCUGGGAAUAUUUGGUGUAAAUUUCAUUUUCCUGGUUCUAAUUUUAACAUACUGCUGUAAAAGACUUAGAAACCCAUGCUUCUCGAAGGUGAGUCAAGCACAACCACGCGAAGAAAUGGCGGCUAAAGCUCAUUGUCCUUAUGAAGAACUAGAUGUACAAGUGUAUAAUGAAAUAGAAAACAGUUAUAAUGUAUUGACCUUAACUCCUCCAGAUCUUCUCAUCGAAACACCGUCACUCUCAUCUAAUGGGUCUUCAAAAUUCACUGGGAGUGGGAACAAUGUGAAUUUUGCUUAUGAUGAUAUAGCCAAUGUCCAACAAGACCACAUACCGUCGACUUUGCCUAAGAGCGAUAUCUCGGAAUCACUGAAAGAUGCCUACAUUGUUAUGCAUGCACCACCAACUAAGAAUGCGGAUAAGUAGUACUUGACAAAUGUCAAACCUUAUGAUAAGCGAAGGGGAUCAGCAAUAAUGAUUUGAAAGCCUUAUUAUCCACCAUCGUUUUGCUUUUCUGCGCUCUGAACGAAUGUUGUUUAAAAUAUGUUUGAACUAGUCAAUAGUAAUAUUCAUUGUGCUAAUUGUCUUUGUUUGAACUAGUCAGUAUUAAUAUUGAUUGUGCUAAUUGUUUAUGUUUGAACUAAUCAGUAAUAAUAUUGAUUGUGCUAAUUGUUUAUGUUUGAACUAGUCAUUAGUAAUAUUGAUUGUGCUAAUUGUUCAUGGGUACACAUCAGGAUAAACCUGAUCAAAUCUUGUGUAAUGAUAUUUGCUGACCCCCCCCCCCCCCUUGUGAACCUUUAUUUUCACCAUUUGUUGCCUUUAUUGAAUGACAUAUUUCAUUCUCACACUGUUUCGUCUAAUUGUUUUGUCAUUUAAAGCAAACACUAGCUUCGGUGGGCUGCUUCAUAUGCUGUCUGAGAUGUUUCAUACCAAUUGUUAGGCCGUUCUUGGCACACUGAUUUUGACUGCAGAUAACUCCGUUUACCUGAUCAGGAUAUAGGGCUCACGGCGGUUGUGAUCGGUCGACAUGGGAUGCUUACUCCUCCUAGGCACCUGAUCCCACCUCUGGUGUGCCCAGGGGUCCGUGUUUGCCCAACUAACUACAUGUACUUUGUAUUGCUUACAGUAUGAGAUUGAUCACUGUUCGUUAUCUUCACCUUUCAUAAGUUGUAGACUUCGUCAGACUUCCUUCAGAUAUACACUCGGUUAUCCCAUAUGUUCUCUGUUUCGAUCAGAUUCAUAGAUUAAGAGCAAUUCUCUGUAACCAUUUAAAAAAUUUGGCACGCAUAGUCACUGAUUUUUACGAAACUCACCCUUCAACUCACCACUGCUUCAUUUAUAUCAAUAUGACAUCAAAAUAUAGAUCGUGGCGUCACACAUUUGUUAUUCUACAGUAGGCCUGAUGCAGCGCACGUUAUUAUAUAGGAGAUCCUGUGACUAGAAUGAAAUUGGGGAAAUCUAUGCAAGUUCGUAAUCAAUAUUUUUUAUGAGAAAAUAAAGUAACAGGAUCAUAAAAGUGCAUAAAUAUCAAAUAAUUUGAAAAUGCAUCGCCUUUCGUUAUUAUACAUAAUUACAUAAAAGAAAUAACACAUUCAUAUAUUAAUUAUUCUUUACUUUUGAUGAUACUUUUGAAAAAAAAGAAAGAUUUUAUAUGACAUUCGGUUAAACAGAAUUGAAAUAUUGUAAAAAUACCAAUACUGGUACACCUUAUACAUAUUAUAAAUGGGGAUUUGCUUUAAAUUUUUAUUUUCUUGUUCAGCUUGACUUUGUUUCCGUUUUACACAUGUCAUUUAGAAACAAAAUCAUUGAUUAAGGAUAUAUUAUAAGCAUUUCUGGCAUUUUCUCUGACAAAUUCUCCUCAAUAUGAAAAGUUAUUGCAUGAUUUAGGAAAUAAAUUCAAAUUUUAUAUUGUACCAAUAUUACUAUAUUUAUAUACCGGCCUGGGCAACUUAGCGUUUAUAUAGCCUAUUACUAUAUUUAUAUACCGGACUGUGCAUCUUGGAGUUUAUAUAGCCUUGUAAUGCAGGGGUGCCAGGAUCGAUCCCCGGUUGUUCCCCAAAACAAUUCUCCCUCUUUUGCGAAAAUAACUGUGUAGUGUUCUUAUAUAUUCAAUCUUAUGUAAUACAUCAUUCUUACUUGCAACAAUUUGAAACUAUCAAAAUACUGAGUAUGCCAACUCUAAAUCAGACACGGUAAUACUCCAAUAUUUUUGUUUUGUAAACACGAAAUAUAAUGCAAGUGAAUAGCACAUUAUAUAUUUGUCAUGAAAAUUAUGUAUUAUUAAUGUCGCACAUGUCCUCAAGUGAAAAAACACCAUAAAACAUUACUGUGUACUCACCAUUUUGGAUAUUCUAAUCAACCUAUAUGGUGAUUAAUUCUUGUCAUAUAAUCAUAAUUGCAGCAGGUCGUGUACUUUUUCAUGCUACGGGGAAAAGGGUUUGGAUGCCGAAUGCGCUUACUCAAAACAAGGUUUAGAUAGAACUGAAUUUAGAUAAGAAUACAAUCCAAAUCUCAGUAUGGUGGACAUACCAAAAUCUACGCGUGCUAGAUAUAAAACAACAUUAGAUACCCCUAGCAUUACGAGUCAUUUACGGCUACUGGACGCCGGAAUUAUCCAGGAAUUCAAAACACAUUGAUGUUGUAGAUAAAAUUUGUUUGAUUUCUUACGACAGCUGUACACGUAUCCCCCUCCCCGAUAUAAUGUCACCCCCGUUAUAAUGCCAAAAUUGUCGAGGUACAAAUGUUGGCGUUAUAACGGGGGAUCACUGUACAUGCAUUUAGGGAAGUUAUUUAUUACUUAAUGUAGGAGGAUGGAUUGAAUAAGAUUUCAUAUGCAGUCAAGCAUACAGUGUAUAAUUCAGGAAUACAUAUUGCAGCUACAUGCAGUUCCAGUAGAUGCAGAUUACAUGAGAACAAGUAAUACAUAUUAAAUUUUGAUAUACAUGUACUUGCAUUUAUUCAUCUCGGUAUUUAUCUUAUAAUAAAUACUAUUCAUUGAUUCUGUAGGAAGCAACAUAUUGUCAUUUUAGUGGGAGCCAAGUCGGAAGCAUCAAUGUAUGUUCGAUCCUUAUGUUGCUUCAAAGGAUAUGAAAGGGUGUGCUUUAUUUUAUUUUAUUUGAAUAGGACAGCAGAUCACAUUAUAUUUCAGUUGUGUCUAUGAUAUUGAGAAGACAAUUAGUUAUGGUGACUGUACUGAGAAAUCAUUAGAAUUCGUGGUGACUCAAUUUUCGUGGAAUUCGUGGGUACCCCUCACCCAGGAAUUUACAUCCUCAACGAAUAAAAACAAUUAGUAUACAAGAAUCUUACAAAUAUAUAAAUCCACGAAAUUGCGUCCUCGCGAACCCGUAAAAAUUCAACAAUCCACGAAAAUUGACCCCCACGAAUUCAAAUGAUUCUACAGCAUAUGCACAAAAUUAGAAAAUGAUAAAGACGGAGUGAGUGUGCUUAAAAUUUACAAAGGCUUAGGCCAUUUUAUAUAUGUAUAUCAAAAGUAGAAUUAUGUCAAUUAUAAUAGGAUACGAUUAUGAAAUAUUUAUCAGAUAUUCAUCAUCAGAACCCACUGCUCCAAGGCCGUAAGCGCCGAGAAUAGGCCUACAUUAUUCAGCCCUUCGUCGGCAAUGCUAAGGUCUCCAUAUGAGAUAAACAUUCUUGAGUGGGACGUUAAGUGAUACACAAUCGAUCAAUCAACCAAUCAAGCCAAGGGUUUUCUCUCCGUUACACUGCAUUUAAACCCGUGUGUUCCGACACUAUGAUAUGUUAAAGAUAUUGACUCUCCCAGCAUACCACAAUGACUUCAAUAUGACCACCAUUGGUAUGUUACAGUUACAAGCCAGAUCUUCUUAUGAUGUUGAAAUAAAAUUCACAUAGAUAAUGUAAGUGGCAAUGGUGAAUGUCCAAAUUCUAGAAAAUAGAGGACUUCCAAUGCUUUGAGGUCCAAUACCAAAGUCACAAUUCAAGAUCAAAAUACUUCUCAUCAGUGACUCGAUUAUCAAGUCAUGUAUUAAGAAAUGUUAGUUUAUAGAUUUCGUACAUGGUAUUGGUAUAUUAGUUCCUGCAUAUACAUUGUAAGCAGUGUUGAUAUUAAACUGCAAGGGGGAGGAGGGGGGGGGGGGUAAUGCCUCAUGUAUCAAUACUGAAAUACAAUCUUUAUGUAUCCUAUUUAGUCUAUCUAACUUAAACAAUUUAUAAGAUCAAUGAUUCAAUUUCAAUGCCACACUUAAUUCGAGUGGCAAGGUAAAAACAAUGUACAUGAUAAUUUGAAGAAAGUGAAAUAUUCAAAUAUGCAUAUUCUAAACAUGGUAGUCAUUUUGUUGAAUGUUGAUACAUUUGUGUACAACUCUUAAGAUAUACAAUGGAAUUUGUGAUCCAUGUACAAUACACGUAGAGCAAUUAUGCACAUUUAAAAAAAAGAAUAAUAAAAUAAAAAAGCUAUG